CCACUGACGACCGAACUGAAUUUCGCGAUGCUCUGGAUGAUUACAUACUUCGUUUUUUAACCAGCCCCGCGGUAAAACGCGCGGCCCGAGAAAUUAAACGUGUGCCGUUUCAAAAAACCCGCGACAUUGUCCUCGAAAUAGUUUUCCUUUGACAACGUUUGGUGGCAUUGCUCCUAGCUCCGCUGCUGGUGUCUAUUUGCAUUUCUCGGAGCCUUCGCAGAACGUGCGCAUGUUCAUGUCAAGUGCAGUGCAAAGGAAAUAAUAUUUUGGCUUUCGGGGGCCUAAAAUUAGCUAAAAUGAAUAAGUUAAAGGUCUCACAAAGAGACAAAGUAAAGAAAUUCAUCACUUGUACACAAACUGGAGAACAAACAGCAAUAUAUUGUUUAGCACAGAAUGAUUGGAAGCUAGAUCUGGCGAGUGACAACUAUUUUCAAAAUCCUGAGGCUUAUUAUAAAGAGCCAAGAAUUUCUGUGGACAAAAAGAAAUUGGAAAUAUUGUACAGUCGAUAUCAAGAUCCAAAUGAACCAGACAAGAUCACCGCAGAUGGAAUAAUGAAAUUUUUAGACGAUCUGGGUUUAAACCCUGAAAGUAAAUUAGUAUUAAUCAUUGCUUGGAAAUUCAGAGCAGAAACUCAGUGUGAAUUUACAAAAGACGAAUUUAUGAAUGGCAUGAUGGAUUUAGGUGUGGACAGUAUAGAUAAAUUAAAAGCUCGUUUAAGUAGUUUAGAAAAUGAAUUAAGAGAUCCUCACAAAUUUAAGGAUUUUUAUCAUUUUACAUUCAAUUAUGCAAAAAAUCCAGGACAGAAAGGUUUAGACCUCGAUAUGGCAAUUGCUUAUUGGAAUAUUGUAUUAGAUGACAAAUUCAAGUUCCUGCAAUUAUGGUGUCAAUUUUUACAGGAACACCAUAAGAGAUCAAUUCCAAAAGACACGUGGAAUUUAUUAUUAGAUUUUGCGCUUAUGAUCAAUCCUGAUAUGAGUAAUUAUGACGAAGAGGGAGCUUGGCCUGUAUUGAUAGAUGAUUUUGUAGAGUGGGCACAACCUCGAGUUCAUCAGAAAAAAGCUUUACUUAUUCAAUUAUAAAAUUGUUUAAUCAUGUGAUACUUGAACAUAUUUUUUUGAUAAAGCAUCAUCAUUUUACUUUGUGUACAGAAAAUAUGUCAGUGAGGCAAAAGAAUGUUAUAAUUAUUAGAGUCAAUCGUAUUGUAUAAUAACCUUGUAAUGUAAAAAAAAAUUCUGCUUAAAAUGAAAAGAAUAUUACUUUCUUACAUGUAAAAGUUAAAUAUAAUUAAAUCGUUGUAAAUCCAAAUUACAUGAAUUUUAAAGCUUUACAACACUAUUGUAAGUUUAAAUUUACAAUAUUAUACAUCCAUCUGUACAAAGUAAUAUGAUGUAUAAUCAGUUUAUUCUUCAAAAAAGGAGCAAAAAAAGAUAUAGUAACAGGUUGCUCAAUUACGAAUGGUAUUUGCAAACAGUAGAAAAAAUCACUCAUUGUGUUCCUUCCCAAGGAUCUUGAACGAAAAAUUCUGAAAAAAAUUUGUUUCUACUUUUUUGUAGAUAGUUAUUUCUAAAAAUUACGUUAUUGAAAAUUGUUAUUAAAUAAAUUUUACGACAUACAUAACACUUGUAACAUAUAUACAAAAAACACGAAGAGAAAAACAAAUCUGUAUUUUAAACGUAACGAAACUUUGGCACUGCUAUACUUAUCUUUUCAUAGCAAAAGAUUUGUUUCUGUUUUACUGCUACAGAGAAAUAUUUAUAUUGUAAUUCUGAGAAUACUAUAGAUGUUAGGAGAAAUAAAUUAAGAAUUUUUUUACAAGUUUAAAUUAUGGGUUUCAUUUAUGAUUGUUGCAAAUGAAACGGUCUGUUUUUUAAUAAACUAAAAUAACAUGAUAUUUUGAGCUUGUGAUUACAACACAAAAUUUCAUACAGAAUCAAUUUCAUUUUCUUGUUAUCAUUUCAUUUGACAAAGUACAACGUGUGAUUAAUGCUUGUGUAGUUUUAGUCAAAUACACAGUGAAUUUUCGAAGCUACUAAUCGCUUUAAUUUAUAUAUGACACAAAGAGAUUAAGGAAAUAUAAUGUAAAGAUGCAAAAGAUAAAGAUAUAUAUGUAUCUGAACAUUUUAGAUAAUGUUUAAGAAAUCAAAAACAAUUAUGUGCACGUAGGUAUAAUGGCGUACCUUGGUGCAAAGUAGAAAAUUAGUAACACAAAGAUGCGUCGUCCAUAAAUUUCGGAUUAUAUUUUAUAAAAGAAUUGUAAUAGAUAAAGUGAAAAAGGUUCUGAUUAAGCUAUCCAUUAUAAAACAAGUCCAAUUUAUCGUCGUCAAAAGUACGUUUAUGCAAUGCAAUAAAAUAAUCCAUGAUCAUAAAUAUUAUACUUGAUUUAAAUAAUACUCUAUAGUAUACGUUUUGAAGUUCAAGGUGCAGUUGUUUGUUGUUUUAGCAUUGCGUAAACAAAAAAUUGUAAUAGUUUUAGAAAGAGAUUGUACAUAAUGUAAAUAAAUUUAUCAGUCUUAAUCUA